AUGCAAAAGACAGCAAAUGUUUGGCAUUAUUUUUUUACGCACUCAAUCUUAAAUGCUUCAAAAGCAACAUUAUUUUCAACAUCCAUGACGCGAUUCAAUGAUACUCAAUGGUUUGUUUGGAGAUAUUCAUCGCAUGAUGAAAACGCAUCUGCUUUAAUAGGUGUGGUAAUUCUUAUUCCAAUAAUAUUCGCUCUGAUUAUAUGCAUAUGUCUAUGUUGUAUCUAUCGAUAUAGACAGCAACAACUUCCACGAAAUACUACAGAUUUGCCAAUAGAAUUAAGUGACCAACGUAAAAUAGCUGUAUCGACAAUUUUUUAUAAUUCUAACUAUGAUCCGAUUGCUUUUGAAGAACUUCCACCAGCUUACUAUGAAAUAUCAAAAGCAAAAACUGAACCAUUAUUAGCCACAGGAAAUAUAAUACCAUCGAAAAGUUCAAAUUAA